CACUCUGCAGGCACAGUUCUUCAAAGGGCAGCCCACAUAGCUGAAAGAAAAAUUCUAAAGAGAGAACUGCUGAAGGAAAGUGGCAAUGGACCUGAUCCCAAAGUCUUCCAUAGAGACCUGGGUCCUCCUGGCUCUCAGCCUGGUGCUCUUUUAUCUAUAUGGAACCUAUUCACAUGGGCUGUUUAAGAAGCUGGGAAUUCCUGGGCCAACACCUCUGCCUUUCUUUGGAAAUUUUCUGAGCUACCGCCAGGGUAUGUGGAAAUAUGACACCCAAUGUCAUAAAAAGUAUGGGAAAAUAUGGGGGUUGUAUAAUGGUCAACAACCUGUGUUGGUUAUUACGGAUCCAGAGAUGAUCAAAAUAGUGCUGGUGAAAGAAAAUUAUUCUGUUUUCACAAACCGUCCGGUAUUUGGUCCACUGGGACUAAUGGAAAAAGCUCUCUUUGCAGCAAGGGAUGAAGAUUGGAGGAGACUUCGAACUUUGCUGUCACCAGCAUUCUCCAGUGGGAAACUCAAGGAGAUGUUCUCCAUCAUUAACCAAUAUGGAGAUUCGUUGGUGAAGUACCUGAGCCAGGAAGUGAAGAAAAGCAAGACUGUCACCAUAAAGGAAGUCUUUGGGGCCUACAGCAUGGACGUGAUCACUAGCACAUCCUUUGGAGUGAAUAUUGAUUCCCUCAACAAUCCACAAGAUCCCUUUGUGGAAAAAGUCAAGACAAUUGGAAAUUCAGACAUCCUCAGUCCACUUUUUCUUAUAACUAUACUCUUUCCAUUCCUUACCCGAGUGCUUGAGGCAUUAAAUAUCAUCAGGUUUCAAAACAACGUUCUGAAUUUUUUUACAAAUGCAGUAAUGAGGAUAAAAGAAAGACGCCUAGAUGAUAAACAGAAGCACCGUGUGGAUUUUCUUCAGUUAAUGAUUAACUCCCAGAAUUCCAAAGACACGGAGCCCUACAAAGGUCUAUCUGAUCUGGAGCUUGUAGCCCAGUCUGUUAUAUUUAUUUUUGCUGGCUAUGACACCACUAGCAGUACUCUUUCCUUCAUUAUUCAUACACUGGCCACUCACCCUGAGGUCCAAAAGAAGCUGCAGCAGGAGAUUGAUGCGGCUUUGCCCAAUAAGGCACGUGUCACAUAUGAUGUACUAUUUGAGAUGGAGUAUCUGGACAUGGUGGUGAAUGAAACUCUCAGAUUAUACCCGGUUGUUCAAAGAAUUGUGAGAGUCUGUAAAAAUGAUGUUGAAAUCAAUGGGGUGUUCAUCCCCAAAGGAACAGUGGUGGCUGUACCAAUAUAUAGUCUUCACCAAAACCCCAAGUACUGGCCAGAACCUGAAAAGUUCUCCCCUGAAAGGUUCAGUAAAAAGAAUAAGGACAGCAUCAAUCCUUACGUAUACAUGCCCUUCGGAAAUGGACCCAGAAACUGCAUUGGCAUGAGGUUUGCUCUCAUGAACAUGAAACUUGCUCUCAUCAGAGUACUGCAGAACUUCUCCUUCCACCCUUGCAAGGAAACACAGAUCCCUCUGAAAUUAAGCAGGAAAAUAUUACUUCAACCAGAAAAACCCAUUGUUCUAAAGGUUGUGCCAAGAGAUGAGCCUGUAAAGUAGAAUCUGAAUCUCCCUAAGGAUUUCUGCUCUGUUCUUCAAGGAAGAUGUAUCUCAGAACAAAAGACAUCUUGAUUUGCUCUGUGAAUAAUAAAUGGAAUUGAAGAUGGAUUUAUGGGUUGAUGCUACUCUUUACUUACUAGAGAUGCUGGACCUUGGCUGGGCUUUCUCAGUGUCUGUGCAGAGUAUUAUCUGUUGUGUGAUGGAAAGGAGGUGACCACCUCAGUACCAGACCUGAAGACUCAGCCUCUCUUGUUCUCUUGGGAGUCUCUCCACCCAUCUCCAUACCCUAACAUUUUUAUUCUUUCCAUUAUAACUUCCUAAACACUGAUUCAAAUAACUCUAAAGGUCUCUGUGUAUAAAUUUUGUAUCAUCCAUCCUUUCUUUCAAAACACCCUUUACUUCCCAUGAUUCUGAUAUUAAGCAACAAAUUCUAAUUUCAGAUUCCAUAAAUACUCUCUGGUGGCAUAAUUUACAUAUGUUUUGUCAACGAAAAUAAUACAAAGGUCCUUAUAUCUUUAUCAUAAAAUUUUUUAGGGUGUCACUGAACUUCAUGUGUCUUCUUUUAAUGGAAUUUGUAAAGGUUUUUCCCUAAUACUCUGAAAUAUUAUAGACACAUACACAAUGCUGCUUGAAUUCCUGACACUAAGCUAAAGUAGAAAAGUUAUAUGUAAAUCACUUAAUUCUUGCAAUAGUCAAAGAACAUCAGGGAUCUGAAUUCUUGAAAAUUCUUAGGGAUUUACCCAUAAUAAUACUGUACAUUUGGGACAACCAUGGAUGUAGUCAUCAGGUGAUAUUAUCUCUCCUUAAAACUGUCCUCAGAGCCUUAGCUACAUUCUUAUUCUGGAGAGUAUAAAUGAGAGGAUUCAGGGUUGGGGUAAUGAUGCUGUAGAACACAGAACCAACUUUGUCUUGCAGUGGAGUGCGCUGGGACCUGGGCCUCAUAUAUGAGAAGAUGCAGGCACCAAACCAGAGUGAGAUCACAAUGAGGUGGGAGCUACAAGUGGCAAAGGCAUUUCUCUUACUCCCAGUUGAACGCAUCUCAAUGACACUGUGCAAGAUGAAGUCAUAGAAUGUAGAAACCAGGAUGAUGGGGAGGAGGAGAAGCACGAUGCUGCAGAUGUACACUGUGGUCUCAUAGAGGGUGACGUCACCACAUACCAACUUCACCACAGCUGGAUACUCACAGUAGAAGUGGUGUAUUUUCCGAGUCCCACAGAAGGGGAAGUGCAUCAAGAUGACUGUGUGGAUUAGG